AUGGGCUCUAAGAGCUCAUUCUGGAGAGGUCCGUGGUACGCUGCAACGGCUGGGGCUCGAAGUCCAUACAUACCGCGCAACCUGCAUUCUGUUAUGUUCGAGUCCGACCACUCUGCUCGUCGCAAGAUCUGGGAUGCCGCCUUCUCAGCCAAAGCACUUAAGGGCUACGAAACUAUUCUGAUCGACAACAUGGAAAACAUGGUCAAUCAGCUCGUCAAGCGUUCGCAACGCAAGGAGAAGGUCAACAUAGACGACUACUGCUCGUUCUUCUCAUUCGAUGUCAUGGCUCAGGCCGGCUUUGCAGGUGACUUUGGCCUGCUCAACCAAGGCCAGUUGACACCGAUGAUCAAGGCUUUGGAUGACUUCAUGUCGUUCGUUCAGCUUGCCGGCAACUUGCCCUACCUCGUCGAGAUACUUGGCGCCCUUCCCAACCCCAUCGCCGAAUUCGACAAGUACAUGAACAAGAUUGUCAUGGAGCGAAAAGCGCGCAAAGAGUCAGUGCCGGACAUCAUGGGCCACCUGCUUCACGAAGUCGAGACAGAAAGGGGCAAGGAUAGCAAGCGACAGGAAGCUGAAGCGACUGCGGACGCACGACUGAUCAUUGUGGCUGGCAGCGAUACUUCGUCGACAACGAUGGGCAUCGCACUGUUUUUCCUUAUGGAAAACCCACAGGUCCUGGCCGAGUUGCGCCAGGAGCUGCUCGACGUGUUCGGCGAUGAUUUGACGUUAGUAACCGACUUUGCCCGAAUUGACAACAAGACCUGCCCAUUGCUCAAUGCUGUGAUCAACGAAUCGCUUCGGAUCUUCCCCCCUGUUCCUACAGGCCUGCAACGUGAAAGUCCCUCGCCCGCCAUUGUCGAUGUCAACGGUCAGAAGGUGGUUAUCCCUGCCAACACAAUCGUCACGCUGCCGAUAUGGUCACUCCACCGAGACGCUCGCAACUUUUCACCGGAACCUCUCCGAUUCCGCCCUGAGCGCUGGCUCAGGCCGGAGAAGGAAGAGCGAUUCAACAAGGCAGCCUUUACGCCCUUCUCAUUUGGAAAGACCUCGUGCGUUGGCAAAGCGCUAGCAUACAUGGAGAUCCGCCUGGUGAUUGCCAACCUGGUCCGCCAUUUUAAUUUUGUGCCCGCGGACAAUUACGAUGCCCAAAAGUUCCAGGACGGCUUGGUAGACGCCUUUGUGACGAAGCGCAACUACAAGCUUCCCGUCCAUGUCGAAGUUCGCAACCACUCCCGCCCUUAG